GGGGAUUACAGCUGCACCUUCACAUACUCAGCUCAGGGAGGGACCAACGAGCAAUGGCAGAUGAACAUUGGAGUCAGUGAAGACAAUGGACUCUUCUCCUGCUCCAUCUGGAGGCCCCAAGGGAAGUCUUAUCUCUUCUUUACCCAGUUUAAAGCUGAAGUGAAAGGAGCCAAGAUAGAGUAUGCCAUGGCUUAUUCUCAAGCUGCUGUGGGUUCCCAAAGUGACGUGCCCUUAAAACAGGAUGAGUUUGAAAUCACUGAAACAACAG